AUGUCCGAGAUGAAGCGCCUGCGCUCGGAGUCGGCGGUGGAGGAGUCGGCGGUGUCGGCGUACGUCCAAACGUGCGCGAAGUUCAAGUCGAACGUGAUGUUCACGGACAUCUCGAAGGUGUCGUGUGUUGCGGCGCACGUGCUGCUGGUGGGCGCGCUGGGGCAGCUGAGGGACAAGUCUGUGGAGUCCCUGCGGUUCUACUGCCCAGCUGUCGCGGAGGCGCUGAGGCGCGUGAAGGAUGGCGCGACGGUGAAGACGCUUGCGGUGGUUGCGGGGCGCGAGGGCUACACGGAGGUGACGGUGACUGCGCUGCCGGCAACUGCGUCGCGCACGAACUGCCCGUACCGCGCGGACAGCCUCUCGGAGGCUGUUGUUGCCGCCUGCGGGACCGUCGACGAGGGUGAGACGCUGGACGUGUACGUGCGCGCGCCUGCUGGCGCAGAGGCGGCCAUCGCGAACGCUGUAGCGCGCGCUGUGCCGCACUCAUACACAGCGAAGUCUGGGCAGGCGGCGAAGGCCUAUAUGAAGCAGACGACAACAGUGAACGUUGUGAUGUCGUCACGCGUCGCGUUCACAAACGAGAGCGUGCAGGGGAAGUCCGUGUGCGCUGCGGAGCUGGAGGCGAUCUGCACAUCAGUGCAGCUGUGCCAGCGCCUGGUAGACACGCCGCCGUGCAUGCUGGAUACUGUCGUGUACGCUGAGAUCGCUGCGGCGUACGCCGCUGAGCUCGGUGCGGACAUCACCGUAAUCAAAGGCGAGGAGCUGCGCGAGAAGGGCUACGGUGGCAUCUAUGCAGUCGGCAAGUGUGCUCAGUACCCGCCACAUCUCGUGACGCUGCGCUACAGGAACCCGCACGCCGCUACCUGUGCCAAGAAUAUUGCGAUGGUUGGCAAGGGUAUCGUGUACGACUGCGGCGGUCUUGCUCUGAAGCCAGCCGCGCACAUGACGAACAUGAAGAUGGAUAUGGGUGGCUCCGCUGGUGUGUUCUGUGCCUUCAUCGCUGUGGUGCGCAGCAUGAAGGUGCAGACGAGCCACUACAACCACAUCGCCAACAUCAGUGUGACGCUAUGCAUAGCCGAAAACGCGAUCGGUCCCAAGUCAUAUCGCAACGACGAUGUGGUGAUCAUGAAGUCCGGUAAGUCAGUGGAGGUGAUGAACACUGAUGCAGAGGGCCGCAUGGUUCUGGGCGACGGCGUGUACUACGCAACGGGGGAGCAGGACUUCGUUCCGGAUGAAGUGAUCAACAUGGCGACGCUGACGGGUGCGCAGGGUGUGGCGACGGGCUCGAAGCACGCCGGCAUCUACGUCAGCGAUGCUAAGGCAGAACAGGACAUGGUAAAUGCAGGCCUGCAGUCCGGCGACGUGUGCUACCCAGUGCUCUACUGCCCCGAGUACCAUGAGGAGGUGUACCGAAGCCCUUGCGCAGAUAUGCGAAACAUCGAAAACUCGAAGUCGAGCGCCGGCUCGAGCUGCGGCGGCUACUUUGUAGAGAAACAUCUCCACGAGCGCUUCAAGGGCCCUUUUGUGCACGUUGAUAUGGCCUACCCCAGCUCGAACACUGCUGGUGCCACUGGCUACGGUGUGACUCUCGUGGCCGAGUACCUGCGCAAGUACUAG